AUGCUCUAUCUCAGACCACGCCUACGCUUCAACUCGUCGCAAGUAGAUGAACUGGCAGAUUUUACCUACUUCUGUGCCCAGAAAAUCAGAACUUUCGGCGAUCCCAUCAACAUGGAGCCUGUUGUUCGGAGUUAUGGGGAUUGCUGGCGUAUUGAGAUUCAUUCCACCGAUCAUUCCAAAAUGCCAUUUCAGAAUGUAGUGCCUCAUCCUGGCAUCAACACUUCCGAUUGGAUUCCGACCUUUUUGAAGUUCACGUCCAUGGUUGGAAUCCUGUUCAGAGUUUCGAUGAGGGGUCGGACCUGCCCUCCACUUUAG